UGUCACAAAUGAAUCAGCACUUAAGUGACUCAAAGUUAACACGAUAACAAAUAAGGAAAGAAACAUCUUGAAUCGGAAGUAAUUUGGAACGGACCCGCUGGUACUGAUCUUUUGGGCUAUUGUUAACAUCACAGUGCCUCCCAUAUGAACACACCCCUUGCAAUGAAAAAAAAAAAAAGUUUAUCUAAACCAAACAAGGCAGCUCUCUGGCUAACAGAGGAACGACUAGAAGUACCUCAUGUGAGAGAGAGAGGAAGAAAGAAAGAAAGAAAGAGCAUUUAAUGUGGACCGUCUUCACGAGCAAUAAAAAGUGAGAGACACUGAACAGCUGCAUCUCGGAGCCACUCACUCAUUCCUAGAACACCCAGCUGCCUUAUUUAAAAUUACUACUUGAGGGACACACAUUUUUACAACUGCUGCGCGGUGUGGAUUACUUCUGUUCUACUUUACCUGUGGAAAAUGUGUUACACAAAUCUUCGGAUUAGUGUAGGAGUCAUACUGGUUUUAACAUUGUCGUUUUGCGGAUUAUCAUGGACCUACAGAGAACAAUUUAACGACACUGACGACAGAGAGGUCUGUUCAGAAAAUAAAGUUGCCACAACUAAGUAUCCUUGCUUAAAACCCACUGGGGAACUGACAACGUGCUUUAGGAAAAAAUGCUGUGAAGGUUUUAAAUUUGUGCUAGGACAGUGCAUCCCUGAAGAUUAUGAUGUGUGUGCUGGAGUCCCUUGCGAGCAGCAGUGCACUGAUCAUUUUGGCAGAGUGCUUUGUACCUGCUAUGCUGGGUACCGAUAUGACCGUGAUAGGCACAGGAACAGAGAAAAACCUUACUGCCUCGAUGUUGAUGAAUGUGCCACUAAAAAUGAGACUAUUUGCUCUCAGGUCUGUAUAAACAUUCCUGGCAGUUACAGAUGUGAGUGUGAGAAGGGUUACUUCUUAGAAGGUGAUGGGAAAACCUGUACCAAAGGAGAAAGGGAAAGUCACUUUGACAAGUCAGACAACGUAAUGAAAGCAGGGACAUGCUCAGCUACAUGUGAGGAGUUUCAGCAGAUGAGACAGAUGGUCCUACAGCUCAAGCAAAAGAUUGCCUUAUUGCCCAACAAUGCUGAUGAUAGCAAACAGAUAGCAAGUGAAAAAAUGCUCAUGUCAAAUUCGUAUUUGCCUGGUCCUCCAGGACAACCUGGUCUUCCAGGACCGCCAGGUGGCCCUGGACCUAAAGGGUCUCUUGGACACCAGGGGCCACCUGGCCCCCCUGGCCUGACUGGACCCAGAGGAAUGAUGGGACCUAUGGGGCCAUCACCCGAUAUGUCCCACAUCAAGCAAGGAAGACGAGGACCUGUGGGUCCACCUGGAGCUCCUGGAAAAGAUGGCACCAAGGGAAAAAGGGGGGCUCCCGGAUUGACAGGACCUCCAGGCCUACCAGGCUCCUUUGACUUCUUGCUGCUUAUGAUGGCAGACAUUAGAAAUGACAUUGCGGAGCUCCAGGAGAGAGUGUUUGGACACAGAACCCAUUCUUCGGGGGAGGAGUUCCCCCUUCCCGCUCAAGGCAUGAGGGACCCUCAGGAUAUAAUAGACUUGGGAUCGGGAGAGGACUACAGACACAGGGCUGCACCAAAGAAUAUCAGAAGAAGGAAAUCAAGCCGACACUGAUCCUUAUUGAAGUUAAAAAAACAACAACAAAAAAAAAACAUUAAAUAUUUCCUAAGCUGUAUAUAAGAAGUUUUCUACUGUUGUACAAAUUGAAAGUGACUUUACCGCAGUGACAUUGAUAUUACUUUGGACAAAUCUUUAUUUUUUUAAACAUUUUGUUUCAGUUUGCUGUUAUACGCAAUUAAACACACAUAUGUAUUUGCAGUUACCCAUAUGCAAAAUUACAAAGCAUGUUUGACACACUUCCUUUUGAGAGCUUAAAAAAUAGAUCUUCCCAGAUGAAGCUUGCAACAUAAGAGGCAUGAGUAAAAACUACUAGAAAUCGAUAAUGCUUACAAUAAUGAAUGUCAUAAUAUGCACAUUCUUUGCAUAGCUGUUAGUUUAUUAUUAGUUAUAUCUAUUAAUCCAGAUGUUUACAUAAAUCAUGUUGCAAAUGAGGGGGAUGCUUAAUCAUUUCUGUUUUGGAAAUGUAACAUACUGUCAAUCCCAAUUUGUGCAAAUGUUCAAUCUCAUAUAACACUGAGGGGUGAUGUAUUAAAGUGUUGUGGCUGUCACAAUAGUCACAAACCAGUUGCAAACUAGUCGAAAGUCUAGGGUGAAAUGUACUAAACAUGCGCAAUGCUGAUAGCGACUUUCUAGGAAAUGCUUUGUGGCAGGAGUUUUUAUUUGGUGUUCAGCCUUAGAUGAAUAUGUAAUUAUUGGCGUUCUGCAUAAAUUUGCAAAAAGGGGGUGGAGAUCAUGCAAAUGAGGGUUCUCAAAUAUUAUCAUGAGAUGUGCUAAAGUUGCUGGAAAUUGCAACACUUACAAUUGCAUCAAUUUUUUAAAGAAAUUUUAAACAGUCUCAAUUAUUGCUGGC